AUGCAAAUGAUUAUCAAGAGAUGAAUUUGCAGGGCUAGCGAACUAGUACAAUAUAGACAAGCAUUGAUACAAGGUACACACAAAGAUCAUAAACUCCCAGAAUCCUUAGAUGGUAGCGACUUAGAAAUCAAAGAAUUUCCUAAUCUUGUAAAGCUUUAUUGGGAUAAACCUCAAAUUCAUGAUCCUCAAACGUGGCAAUCUUUAGCUUCUCUAGGAGAAGAUCUUAUAAAGAACAGUCCUUGGUCUUCUCUAGACACUCUUCAAGCUUUUUCUCAAACAAAUUAUGGAGAUAAGCUCUAUCUAAUUGCUGAGCCUUAUGUUCUUCAACAAUUAGAAUCAUGUGACCAAGAUUUAUUUGUAAAUUAUGCCAAAAUCUUCUGAAAGCGAUUCAAAGGUGGCUCAGAUUUUUAUAAUACUGUUGCUAAUAGAACAUUUAAGCUUAAAAAUGAGCUGCACCUAGAAAACAUUUAUUGGCUUGUAAGGAUAUUAUGAACUGCGAAUUAUUCAAAGCCAAAUCUCUAUCAAGCUAUGGCCAAAAAAGCUUUAUCAAAUUUAGGGAAAGCUACAGACUCACAGUUGGUUAGCUUGGUUCAAGCUUUUAUACCUCUAGGCCAGCUGACUAAUUUUAUUGAAAAAUCAAAAGGUGAAAUCAAUAGAAGAUUAAGCUCGCUAAGCCUUAUUCAUCGAUCAAGAUUGCUGAGAUAUUUAGGAAAAGAGCCAGAUUAUGAAUCAUUAAAGCCUUUAAUAGUAUCGAUCUGCGAUGAUAUUGUUUCAGCAGACUCUAGGGAGAUUGCAAAUUUAUGUGAUAUAAUGGGGCAUUAUAGAUGGCUAUCUGAAUAUCUCAAGCCUGCCUUAACGGAGUGUAUCGUAAAAAAUAGAUCACAAUUAAGAAACCCAAAGGAUAUAAUGCUUAUUCUCAAUUCUUAUCAUGAACUGGACGACUCAAAAGCAGUUGUAAGCGAUCUUCUUCCUGGAAUUUUAGCGUCUAUAAAUGAUUUUCAGCCAAAAGAGCUUGGUCUUAUAGUAUAUAUACUAGGGAUUGCUGAAGUAAAAACAGAUGAUUUAUGAGAAGUCUGCAAGCAGAAAUUCAAGCUUUAUUACAAAAAUGCUGACAGUCAUGUCAUCAGUCUUUUUGCUUUUGGAUUUUACAAAGUAGGCAAAUUUGAUGAAGAAAUUUUCAAUUGUGCUUCUGGAAGGGUUAUGGAGCUAGGAGAAUUAAGCUCGAAAGCAUUAUGGAAACUUAUAACGGCAUGCAGAAUUUAUCCAAAAAGCGACUUUUUCUGGGAACUGAGAGAAGCAUUUAAGCUAGCUUAUGAAAAAUAUGAUGUAAACAAAGCGUUGGUUUAUAUUGAUAUUUUCAUUCGUGCAGAGCAAGUAGACAAAGAACUUCUUGCAAUUUUCGAAAAAUUAAAAGCAAGACUCCCAAAGCCAAGUACACAAGAAGAAGCUAACUCCCCAAUGUGAGAGAAAAAAAAAACUGAAAAAAACCAUAUUUUUUGGGGUAAAAACCCAUCCCCGCGAGCGAACAAAAUUUUUUUUAUAUAAGUUUUUCUUUUUAAAACAAUAUUUCGAUAAUUAUUAUAAUGAAAUCUCAGGCUAAUUCUGUUUAAUUUUAAACAGCUUGCACUUUAAAACAUAAAUUUUGCAAAUUAAAUAUAUUUUUACUUCUCAAUUUCUGCGAAUUAGGAUUUUUAAAUUUCGAAGAAAAAAAAAUUUACUAUAAAAUUUAUAUAAAUUUGCUAAAAAAAAUUAACCUCCCUACGUGGGCGAGUAAGGUAUAA